CACCUUCCACUAGACCAGGUUGUUUCAAGGUCCAUCCAACCUCACCUUGGACACUUGAAGGGAUGGGGUGGCCACAGGUUCUCUGGGCACCCUGUGCCAGUGCCUUACCACCCUCACAGGGAAGAAUUUCCUCCCAGUAUCCCAUCUAACCCUGCCCUCUGGCAGUGUUCCCCUUUGUCAGGGGUCCUUCCCAUCCUAACCUGUUACCUUCCUUGGUGGCGAUUUGAGGGCACAAUAUUGCUGGUAGGGAGAUGGGACAAUCCAGCCAAAGUGCCCCACAUCCAAGUGAUGGAGCUGGGAUUUACAGGUGGCUGUAAGGCUUUAAAAGCCAGUCCAGGCCAAUGAAGAAAUACAUUGGGAAUGGGUGUGAGGUCACUUGGCAGAGUUUUGGGGUAAAAAAAUCAAAAGCAAAUGUCACCAGAGCACUGCUGGGCUGUGCCUUGUGGGGGAACAACGUGGUUGUAGGAGAAAUGGGCAAUACCUGAUCAUGCAGGACAGAAAAGCACCCCAGAAAACCUCUGGGCUCGUGGGGCUGUGUGCGCUAAGAACAAAGUCGGAGGAAACAGAAAAGAAAGGAAGGGGAAAGCAGAGCCAGUUUUGGGAAGCCGGGCCCCCUGCCAAGCCCCAAGCCACAUUUUAUCGGCAGUGUUGCAAACUCAGCGAGCGGGGUCGGGCAAAACCACCGCGACCCCGGGGCCGCCCGUGCCGCCUCACUUCUCCUAUUUCCCGGCUCAAAUAGGGGGAUGCUGCCGGGGCCGGGACUGGGGCCGGCAUGGCUGUGCGGGUGGCCCUGCUGCUGGGGGUGCUGCUGGCGACCCACCACCCUGGGGACACAGCAAUCCUGGAAGCCAACGGCAACCUGAGCUGCCGCUGCCUCAAGAGCACCCGAGCCUUCAUUUCCCCGGAGAAAUACAGCAGCAUCGAGGUCUGGCCCGUGGGGAGCAGCUGCCGGCGCCUCGAGGUGGUGAUUAAGCUAAAGAGCCUGAAGAGGGUCUGCGUGGAUCCUGACGCCCCUUGGGUGAAGAAACUCUUGCAGGACCUCCCUCACCUGAGGAAGAAAAAGCCUCCCCGUUGAGGAAGCUGCUACCAGAGGCACGGCCAGAUGUGCUGGGCCCAAAACUGCCUCCCUUCCCCAUCCCACUGUCGCCUUACCCGAGUCCAGAGGGGAGCACGCUGCUGCCUGAGCCCCUUUUUAUGCCUUUAAACCCUUAAAAAUGCCCGUCCCUGCUUCCAGCCUCUCCCAUCCCAUAGCCAUGUGCUGGGUGUCCCUUUUGGGCGUGACCCAGCAGGCCCAAUAAAGGCGGCAGGCCUCUGUCGCUGUCCCUUGC